AUGACAAAGAGGAGAAGCCUCUAUAUGGUUGGUUCUACCUUAACAAUAGAUCAUUUACCUCCAGAAAUAUGGCUGCUCAUUUCGAGGUUACUGCAGACAUCUGAUUUGCACAGCCUAUGCUUAACUAACAGGAGGCUGUAUUUGACAAUAGUUGCGGAUGAAAUUUGGAAAAAACGGUGCUACGAUCGAUGGAUUAUUCAGGAGAACUUGGAUAUUUUAGCCGAUAAUGAUUACGAUCCAAUACCAGUGUGUCAGUGGCAUUCUUACUAUUUACAAAGAGCAAAGUGGGAAAACAAAAUCUUUUCUUUAUUGUGGGAAUUAACCAUGGAGACGCAGCCUCAAGCUUUCAGAGAAAAAUACUUUCAUAUCCUUCAAUUUGAGCAUCACAAAUUGGCCACGUUCCUUCACAGGAUCAUUAAACAAGGUUAUAUCCCUGAUAAAAGGCGGCUUGAUUUACUUACAUAUGCCAAUUAUCUGUUGAAGAAUAUAAGGCAUAAGUAUGUAUUCCCUUUAUUUUAUCCAAUGAAUGCCACAGAACUGAAAGACUUAAACACAAUGGCUUCAAGAGAUGCGGAAAUGAUAUACUUAAGACUAUCCGCCAUUGAUACUUCUUUUUAUGAUUUAUUGGAUUCCAGAGAGUUUGUCUUGAAUGGCAUAUGUUCCAGUUUGCUUCACAGGUAUAAAAAAAUUGAAAAGUUCUUGGAAUUACGCCCUGUAGACAGAGUUUCAAAGUUGAUUUCAAUGAGUACGGAUUAUCUCGACUGUUUUUCACAACUCAGUGAUAUAGAAGAUCAAAUGGGCGAUAGAGAUGGGGAAAGAGAGCUGCAUAGAGAAGACUUCAUGUUACUAAGAGUAUACUCCCGAGAAAGUCGAGGCUAUAAAACUAUUAUUCUGGCAAUGAUACAAACUAUUGCCAAGAGAUAUAACGUUGAAUCGUAUCUUGCCCGAGAUCAUUUGGUAGUCACCGAACCAGAUUUCCCAGGUGGUCAAGCUUUCGUGACUGUCAAUGAAGAUUUUCAGCCAUAUAUAUUUAAUAAGGAUGAUCUGAUAAGCGUUUGGUCUAGUAAUUACCCCAAUUCAGCAAACUUCGAAACUGCAGCUCUACCAGCACUGUUAGAACCAAUAUCGAUACAACAUCUCCUUACGGAAUUCUUCCGUGAAUUACUACGAUGCAAGCCCAGGCCAUUUGAAGAUUAUCCUAAUAGAGCGCAUGGAUUACGCGAUAUGUUUCCAUAUGGAAAAGUGGAAGUUCCAAGGGAUGUAACCAUGUACUUUGCAUUCAUAUUCGAUCUUUUUGAUGCUAUGUUUGAAUCUGGAAUGACAAGCUUGCGGGGCCAAAUGUUAAGAGACCUAUUGAAUUACGUGAAUGCCAAUAAUUUCGGCGAUUUAAAUAUUAUCAUUGGACAGAAUGCCCUUGAAGAACCGAAUGAUUGCUGGUGCAAUAAAAGAGACUACGUCCUUUUAGAUGAUGAUGAUAAAAUCGGGUACUUCUUCCAGGAUAUUGAAACCCAGGAUACCUUAUGUGCUUUAAAUCAAUAUAAGGUAGACGGGAAAGUGUUCAUAACGACAAUAGAUAUUUUGGGUGAUAUAAGAGUCCGCCUAGCAGAGGGGCUGAUGCCCUUUCGAGGAGAUUGUGAUAAGUUGUGGGGGAGCAUUUCCCCAGUGGUUCCACGAACUGACUGGGGGCUCUUUUUCAAAGGCUACGACAGUGAAAAGCAGAGAAUGCAACUCAGCGCUUACACACAGGAGAGGCUCUUUGAUCUUAUAGAUAAAUAA